AUGGCAGCUCCGGUCAGCGUUCGGACGCCCCCCAGAACUAAUCCUGGGACGAAUUCAAGCAGGUUAGCAAUCCAUCGACAGCUGGAUGAUUUCCUGAAGAACCUCGACAACAGACCAGACAUGAUGGACCAAAUUUCGAAAUAUCUGCAGCAUCGGCCUCAGUGGGAAGAGCCAAGAGAUCUUAUUCCAGUAGACGAAGUGGAACAGAGAUUGGAUUUGGUCGAGAAGUACCAGACGUGGAAGCGUGCAGAGCUCGCAGAGGAAGCCGAGGAGGUCGAUCCAGACGACGAUGAAGCACAAAAGCAGGCCGCGGAGUGGAAGCUCACUCGUCUCGCCUACGCCGCUUGCAUGACUAUGCCCCUAUCGCUGCUAGUUGAGUACACCAAGUUUGAUCUGUACUUUCUUUUCGCAUCGGAAGAGCAGAGCUCAAAGAUGAAUAACCCCAAGAAGCGCUCAGGAAUCCAGCAGCCCGCAAUGAAGAGAGCAGCAAAGCGCAGAAAGGGCUCUCACGAAAGAACGGAUGUAAACUCCGGGGCUGAUAGCGCUACCGAAGAGAGCGCUCAAUCGUCGCGAGACCGCCGGAUCCAACUGUCUGAGAAGAUUAAAAGUGACAAAGAAAGAAAGAAGGCACUCGACUAUGAUGAGGGUCGAUGCAGGAUCUCUGGUUCCACUAGACCGGGAGUUGCUCAUAUCAUCCCUUUCUCAUUCAGCAACAGCACGAUCAAUAUGGAGAGGACCCAGAUGUUCCGGGAGUCCUUCAAUCUCUUCAAUGCCUCGACAACCGCCGCCUCAUACAUUGCCGGUGGACAACUUGGAUUGACUGAUAAAUUGUUCAAUCUGGUCUGCCUUGACCGGAAUCUUCAAAGCAACUGGGAUAAGGGCUAUCUCGGCAUCAAAUACCUUGCUAUGGCCGUUAUCCCGGGUCAAGGUAACACAGAAAUUACGCUGCAGGCUGUGUGGAUGCCCAUGGUCAAGGCAGCAGGUUUCUCUUACAACGACCUUAUCGACCUGGACGAUGAGCGUGAUAAGUACUCUGGGUUCGCCUACACUAUCCAAUCUCAGGCCGGCACAGCUCCCGGCCACAAAGUCUUCAGAGACUCGGGUUGGCCAAUUGUUUCCGGAGAUAAAUUCACUAUCCGAAGACCUACUGAUUAUGCAGAAGGUUCUGUAGAGAUGAUCAAGCUGCGGUGGCACCUAGGACAGCUCGCAGCAAUCUCUGGAGCCGUAGGAGACUCUGACUUCAUUUUCGGCCAAGAUGAGGUCUUUGAAAGACGUGUCAGAGAUUACGGCAGACACUCAAGACAAAUAGACCGGGAAAGGGAAGAGAGAGAAUUGGAAGCUCAGGAAAGAAGGGCGGCCCAAAGUCAAUAG